AUGAUUCUCCUGUUUCUCUUUUUAAGGAAGCAGAAAAGGGCAACUGAGAGAAAUGCAAGGAAGAAUAAUCCACCAAGUGAGACGAAAACGAAGAUGAUGACAGUAUGGUGUCCUGGAGUGGGUGGUGGUGGUGGAGAGAAGGGAUGGGGUGGAGAUGGAACAAUAUGUGGUGGUGGUGGUGGAAAGACCGGAUGGGGUGGAGGGGGAACAAUAUGUGGUGGAGGUGGCGGUGGAGAGAUGGGGUGGGGUGGUGGUGGAGAUGGAACAAUAUGUGGUGGUGGUGGUGGUGGAAAGACCGGAUGGGGUGGAGGGGGAGCAAUAUGUGGUGGAGGUGGCGGUGGAGAUGGAACAAUAUGUGGUGGUGGUGGUGGUGGAAAGACCGGAUGGGGUGGAGGGGGAGCAAUAUGUGGUGGAGGUGGCGGUGGAGAUGGAACAAUAUGUGGUGGUGGUGGUGGUGGAAAGACCGGAUGGGGUGGAGGGGGAGCAAUAUGUGGUGGAGGUGGCGGUGGAGAUGGAACAAUAUGUGGUGGUGGUGGUGGUGGAAAGACCGGAUGGGGUGGAGGGGGAGCAAUAUGUGGUGGAGGUGGCGGUGGAGAUGGAACAAUAUGUGGUGGUGGUGGUGGUGGAAAGACCGGAUGGGGUGGAGGGGGAGCAAUAUGUGGUGGAGGUGGCGGUGGAGAUGGAACAAUAUGNGGUGGAGAGGGUGGUGGUGGUGCAACUUUAGGAGGAGAUGGCGGUGGUACUAUCAGUGGGCAUGGAAAAUUAGGAGGAAAAUAUGGAUAG